CCCCUUCGAAAUUUCUGGCAGGGGCACCUACUUUUGCUGCGGCGAUACCUUGAAACGGCGUCUCCAGCGCCCAUGUCUCGAGAUAUCCGUACUCUUCAAGUUUGCUUGGAAAAACACCUGCAAUGACACAUGUUCGUUGACAACAAUGUUGAAACCAACCUUUUCUUCCCUCUUUGCCAAACGCCUCAGCCCGGCUUGGACUUGCGCCCGCUGCCGCAGCCGACUUCCCAGUCCGAACCUGCGCCAACCACCGGCUCUGAGGCGAUAUACCAGCGGAUCGAGACCCUCGUUCAUAACGCCAAAACCGAAGCCGAAGCCACGGCGACGGGUUGUACUUCUAGCAACAGCAGGUGCAGGCGCGGGUGCCAUGCUGAUGGCGGUUGGGGACGACAUCAAGAAUAGCUACGAGGCAAUAGAGCGGACGGGGAGGGUUGCGUCCGCUCUUGUGCUAUGUAUCAACGACUAUCGAACCACACUCAACCAGCGAGACAACCUUGAAGACGAGGAGGAGAGGGAGCAUGUGCUCAAGGCUUGUCACAAGAGGUGUGCCCUGAGGACAUUGAAGGUGCUGGAGCAGAAUGGGGGGAUAUUUAUCAAGCUUGGGCAACAUCUGAGUGCCAUGAAUUACCUUCUGCCGCCCGAGUGGACGACGACAUUCGUCCCCCUUCAGGACAAAUGCCCGGUGUCUUCUUUCGAGUCGAUCGAGCAAAUGUUCAAGAAAGACACAGGGGCGGAAUUGUGGGACUACUUCUCCGAGUUCUCUCCCGAGCCCAUCGGCGCCGCGUCGCUGGCCCAAGUUCACUUGGCGACCAUCAAGGAGACCGGGCAGAAGGUGGCCGUCAAGGUCCAACAUCCGAGCCUGGAACAAUGGUCCAAGUUGGACAUGUCGCUCACCAACUUUACCUUCUCCACGCUCAAGCGCUUCUUCCCUGAAUACGACCUCGAGUGGCUCUCCUCCGAGAUUGAGGUGUCUCUUCCACUCGAGCUGAACUUUGAAUGCGAGGCGCAGAACUCAAGACGCACCAAGGCGUACUUUGCGCGCAUACCCGAGCUACCUCUGGUCAUCCCUGACGUCAUCUGGGCCAAGAAGCGCAUCCUCGUCAUGGCCUGCGAGUCAGGCCGUCGCCUCGACGACCUCGAGUACAUGGACUCGAACGGGAUCGACCGCGACGAGGUGUCAGCGACCCUGGCGCGGAUAUUCAACGAGAUGAUCUUUGGCGACGGCGCGCCGCUACACUGCGACCCGCACGGCGGCAAUAUCGCGAUUCGCAAGAACAACUCCCGACGAGGCGCGAACUUCGACCUCAUCCUGUACGACCACGGCCUGUACCGGGACAUUCCGCAGUCACUCCGGCGGUCCUACGCCAAGAUGUGGCUCGCCGUCAUCGACGGCGAUAUGGAGCGCAUGAAGAAGUACGUGGCCGAGGUGGCGGGCGUGGGCGAGGACAAGUUUCCCUUGUUUGCCUCGGCCAUCACGGGCCGCGAUUUCAGUGUGGUCAGCUCGUCCAUCAUGAAGCCCAAGGACGCGAGCGAGCAAAAGACGAUGAGCGGCGCCUUGCAGGAGGGCCUCCUCGUUGAUCUGGUCCAGAUGCUCGGCCAGGUGCCGCGCAUCAUAUUGCUUAUCCUCAAGACCAACGACUUGACGAGGAGUCUCGACGAGAACUUGCACACUCGCCAGGGGCCGGUGCGCCAGUUCCUCAUACUGGCACGGUACUGCAUGCGCACUGUGUUUUACGAGCAGCUGGAGGAGAUUCGCCAGCGCGGGUCGCUGUACUGGCCGCCAAAUGCGCUCCGGGUAUUUGCCGCCUGGCUGGGGUAUGUGAGGGUGGAACUCAAGCUGGAGGCGUUUGAGCUGUGGAUUAGCGUCAAGCGAGCGUUUGGGUAUCGGAAUGGGAUAAACUUGGGCGGUAUGACAUAGAGAGAAAGAGUACCUUGCUGGUUCACAGUUGUGCGUACAGGACGCGUUUAGAGGACCUACACGUAAUUACGUACUAAUGACCAUGACUGUUGCCUGGGCAACGGGCCU